AUGCUUCCAAUUUUACUUCCUUUCUUGCUCUUCAGAGCUUCAUGCGAAGAUGAUGAUGAAUCAGAUGGUUUUGGAUGGGGUCUUGAUGACGACUUGGAACUUCCAAAAGAAAUUAAUUGGGAUGAAGUUCCUGUAAUUGAUGUUAUUAUCCUUGGCAGUGGACCAGCCGGCUGCACAGCUGCCUUAUAUGCUGCAAGAGCAGGUUACAAUACAGUUGUAUUACAUGGCGAUGUACCAGGAGGUCAAUUAGUUUAUACAACCGAAGUUGAAAACUUCCCAAGCUUCAAUGGAACAGGUCCACAGCUUGUUGAUGCAAUGAAGGAGCAAGCUAUUAGAAAUGGAGCUAAAUUCUUAACAGAUACAAUUGUUAAAGUCAAUUUAUCUGUUUUCCCAAGAAGACUGGAAUCCUAUGAUGGCAAUGGAUACAAAUGCAGAUCAUUGAUUAUCGCUACAGGCGCCAAAGCCAAAUACUUAGGUCUUCCAAGCGAAGAAAGAUUGAAGAACAGAGGUGUCAGUGCUUGCGCUAUUUGCGAUGGUGCUCUUUACUCUAACCAGGACGUCGCCAUAGUCGGAGGUGGUGAUGUCGCCGCUGAAGAAGCAUUAUAUUUAGCAAAAAUCUGCAGAACUGUCAAGUUAUUCCAUAGAAGAGAUGAACUUCGUGCUUCCAACCCAAUGAAGAAGCGAUUGGCUGCUUCCAAAGUACAAAUCAUCUAUGAUACAGUUAUUGAUGAAGUUCUUGGCGAAGAUUUCGUAACAGGCGUUCAGGUUAAGAACGUUAAGACCAAUGAAUUAACAAAUCACACAGUUUCUGCACUUUUCGUGGCAAUUGGCCAUUUCCCAGAGACAUCUAUCUUCGAGGGACAACUUGACAGAGACAAAGGUGGUUAUUUCAUUACAGAUGGAACUCCAAGAACUAAAGUUCCAGGAGUUUUCGUUGCUGGCGACUGCGCAGACAAAGUUUACAGGCAGGCAAUUACUUCUGCUGGAACAGGAUGCCAGGCAGCACUUCUUGCUGAGCACUACCUCGCAGAUCUCGACGCAGAAGAAAAUCAAGAAUAA